ACGAAUGCCAAGUAGAGGUAGCGUGAAGUAGCUGUUCAAAGUUGAGAAGUUGGGUUCCCCGUGAAGCCUUGUAAUUUCAAGCUCCUUCGUUUCUAGGGUCUCUCCUUGGUUUCACGUUUUAAACGUCUACUUUUGAUGGCGUAUUUAGCCUGUUUCAGAUGUUCAGUUUGUCGAACGGAGCAAAAAGGCAAAAGUGUGUUUGGAGCAGAGGAGUGCAAAAGCGAUGGAGGCUUGGGUCGAGUCGUGUUCAUUGCACACCCCAACGCAAGUCUUCCCUGUUUUUUCGCUCAUCCGUUACUAAAUUUUCUUUCACGCUCCGUUUUACUAACUGAGCGCCUGGAAAAGGCUCUGGCGUCUUUCAUUUUCCCUUUAUUUCAUUGAUCAUUUUCCUACUCUGCUGCAGUGGUUGUAAGGUGGGAUAAUUCGUGUGUCAUACACAACGAUAAUCCAGUUAGUAGCGGAGAAACUCCAUUAAGGUUCACUUUCUAAGGUAAAGGAAAUUCUCAACAUGGUUUUGGUCGGAGCAGCUGUUCUGCCUCAUGGAACAAUGAUAUUUGAUGGUGAUCCUCACUCGGAAAGCGUCGCAUGCCGUAAAAGGAAUUCCACAAUGCCUACAGGGCUCAUCAAACAGUGCUCUGCAUUGUACUCUUCUUGUGAGCGGGCAGCUGACUUGUUGGCCAAGAUGAACCCUGAUGUCGUUAUUCUUGUUACCCCACAUGGGUUAUCCCUGUCAUCUGGCUCGCUUGGUAUCUACUUGGCCUCUGUUGCGCAAGGAAAUGCUCUGUGGAAUGACGAGUGGCGAGAAGUCGAGCUGAAUGUUCCGUUAGAUUCUCAACUCGCUGCUCAGCUUCUAGAGUUUGUUCAGCAGAGAGGGAUUAAAGCAGAUGGUGUCAUAACGUUUUCUAUGAUGGAGGCACCGAUAAGGUGGGCUGAGGUUGUGCCUCUAUGGUUUAUUAACAGUAAGACUGACUCGGAUAAGGUGAAGUACGUGAUUGUGGCUACUGCGAGAAAUACUGAAGGACUGGAUGUAAUUGGGAAGGCUUUCCACGAAUUCGUUUCAGGUCUUGAGCAGCGGGUAGCUUUAGUAAUGAGCGGAGAUCUAGCUCACACGCAUGAGACAACUUGCAAUAUUCCACUGUAUCUGCCAGACCCUGGAUCCAACUUGAAACCAUCAGAAAUUGCAGUGGAAUUCGACAGGAUGUGGGAGAUGUGGGCUAGAGGCAUACCAUAUGGUGAUGAUGUGCUAAAAGAUACAGGUCAAGUGGAUGAGGUUCACCCGUGGGUGGCCAGACAAUGUUCACCGUGGCUGGACAGAAUUCUUGAAGACAACCCAAUAGCAAAGGCUUGUGGCAGAAGAAGCAUUCCAAUUCUCCAAAGUAUUUUAGAAAAGGAAAGUGAAGAGGGUGCUAGUGUCACAUCGCACUUCUUAGGCCGCUGGGCUCCUACGUAUUAUGGAAUGAUGACCGUUGUUUUCAAAAUAAAUAAGUGACAUUUGCCGUGGGCAGGAGCACUUUACUCCUACUGUGAGUGAA